CAAGGAGGAGGCAAAAUAGACCUGAUAAACGCCGGAGCGUUUGACGGCCUGGAUGUGGUUUUUAUGGCGCACCCCUCGCAGGAAAACGCCGCUUACCUGCCCGAUGUGGCCGAGCACGAUGUGACUGUGAAAUACUAUGGAAAAGCUUCUCAUGCUGCUGCUUAUCCUUGGGAAGGAGUUAAUGCAUUAGAUGCUGCUGUUCUUGCAUACAACAAUCUGUCUGUUUUAAGACAGCAAAUGAAACCAACCUGGAGAGUUCAUGGUGUAAUAAAAAAUGGUGGUGUGAAACCUAACAUCAUUCCUUCUUACACUGAACUGGAGUUCUACUUGCGUGCCCCUUCAAUGAAAGAUCUUUCUCUUCUGACAGAGAAGGUUGAGAACUGCUUCAAAUCUGCAGCACUGGCCACAGGAUGCAAA